GCUAUAGAAUCCCAUUCGCCUUUCUAUUAUACCUCUCGACUCCAACCUACAAACAACGUCGAACGGCACCAAAUUUAAACCAAAGAAUAGCAGCUGCAGCCAUCAAGACAAUCGUUGAAACCUUACCAUUAUGGAUGGUUAGAUCUAUAUUCAAUUUUACAGGUGUUCUGGAACAAAUCGCAAAUGGAAUGUAUGUGGGAGAACAAAGAAAUAAAUGGUGCCAAGACGCAGAAACAGAAGAUGUUGGUGAAAAUGCUGACAUGGUUAUUUUGUAUGCACAUGGUGGUGGUCUUAAUGUUGGUGAAGCCUUAAUAUCACUAGUGGUUUUUGUGAGGUGGAUUAAAGCCUGGAAGAUUAGUCAUGGGGCCAAUACGCAUAUAAUAUCGUUAGAAUAUGGCCUUGCACCGGAACAUGUCUUUCCGUCGCACCGUGACACAUCCUUAGAACUUCUUAAUAAUCCGACAGCCUACAAUGCACCUCUACCAUCACGUUUGCUUCUUAUCUCACCUUGUGUUUCGGCACUCACUACUUCACAUUCAUUCAAAACAAAUUAUGACAAUGACUGUAUAAGCAUGUCUUUGUUCUAUGACUGCUUGGAAAACACCCUAGGUCAUUAUAACAUACAUCCGACAUCCCCUCAAAUAUCCCCGUUAUUCGAACGUCAUCUCCGUGGUUUACCCAAAGUGUGGAUAUGUGUUGGCGGUUAUGAAGUAUUUCUCGAUGACAUAGUAUCAUUAGUGGAAAAGGCUAGAAGUCAAGAAGUCAGUGCAGAACUUUUGAUCGAAGAAAAUAACAUGCAUAAUUAUGCUAUUUUGUGGUCUUUAUCAAGAAAUGGAGGUGCACAGAGAGCUAUGAAAUAUAUGUCUAGAUUUUUGUAUGGUGAACAACCUGUUAUUAGUCAAAAAACUAAAGGAUGA